CCUGCCUCCGCUGAAAUGACAGGGAAGGACGCCGCCGAUGACAGUGGCGACAGAGGCGUGAAUGCAACGGACGUUGUAACAUUGUGUUGCCCUUAACAUCAAUAUAGGUCUUUUAUGCUGCACAGGCAACUAUACAUUGCCUUUUCACUAAGUGAGUAACUACCGCUGACAAAACCAAGUGCUGCAAAUUAUUUUGGCUGGCUAGCCAUGCUAGCUAGCAACCUACACACCCACCACCACCACUACCAGUCAGUGAGUUGGUGUUGAAGAAGGAGGCGGAUGGAGCGAAAUUUUUUUGCAGGUGGCCUCUAGUGAGUAGGAGACUACAGGUUUGUGGAGCAGCGGUAUCAUGUCCUUGUCUGCGGGAAACCCUAUGAUGUCCUCUGAGGCCGCCCGUGAGUUCCACGUCAAAGAGAGGAAGUCCAGGGCUGCCCUGAAGAAGUGCCUGUCCCGAGCCCUGUCAGAGGACUUCCUAAGGUUAUUGGCGGAGGAGCAGGAGGCGGAUGUGUGUCUGUGUGUGGGCUCCUCGCAGCUGCGUGUUCACAGGGCGGUGCUGCUGGCCAGAGCCGCCCACCUGCUGACGGGCGCCGCUCCCAACCAAUCAGAGGUGCUCCUGCAGGACUGUGACGCCGCCGACCUCAAAGACUUCAUCAGGAGGGUGUACUCGGCAGAUCAUUGUCCGAGUAAGAUCAGGGGUCUCCCAGGUGAAGCUCAGGUGAACGGGGUGCAUGCUGACGUACCAGACUACCUGGACUCCUACUCAGGCUCUGCACCCGACCCAGAUGCGGUGGUGUUGGAGGCAGCAUCGGGUCUGGGUGCGGACCUGCUGGCUCUGUUCCAGAGGGGGGAGGCCUGUGACAUCACCAUCCAGGUGGGAGACAAGCACUUCUCCGCCCACAGGGCUGUGUUGUGUGCUCGAUCGCAGUACUUCAGAGCCAUGCUGUGCGGAAGUUGGAUGGAGAGUUCCAGACAGAGCAUCACACUACAAGGGCUGGGCCCAGAUGAGAUGGAGGUCCUGCUUCACUUCAUGUACGGCGCCAUCCUGGACCUGCCACCGGGGUCCAACAUCAGUCAGGUGGUGAUUGCAGCGGACAUGUUGGGUCUAGAGGGCCUGAAGGACGUUGCUGAGAUGGUGCUCACACGAGACUACUGCCGCUUCUUCCCCAAGCCAGUGGAUGGAGUGCAGAAGACGGUCCUGGAGUGUCUCUCCAUCUGCCAGACCAUUGGCCUGCACAGCCUCUUCAACUCCUGCCUCAGGUGGCAAGCAGAGCAUUUUGUCAAGUGCUGGUCUGAGAGGAGCUUUGCCCUGCUGCCUCCGGACCUCCAGAGGGACUGUCUCAACGCCGUGACACAAUCCAUGACGGUGCAGAGUGCCAUGACGGUGUUGUGCAGUAGCGAGCAGCUGAUUGGCUGUUUGCCGGAGGUGAAGUGGGCGCGGCAAGUGCUGGCACUGGCCAAUGAGAUCCAAGAACAGAGCCUCAGCAUCAUCGUCACUCACCUGCCCCAGGUCACACGCACCCAGGCCUUCCACAACUUCCGCAGGAGGGAGAUGUUGACUGCGGACCCUGCCCUGCUGCGUAAGCUGUGUGAUGCGGUGCGUGAGGCGGUCUCUGUGGAGAACUGCUGCGAGCUCUUCCUGGCCGUACAGCAGCUGUGUGGAGACUUUUAUGAUGACGGCGCCGCUCCCAUGGACACCUGUGGUACUGCAUCCAUGUCCAGCCCUGAUGAGGCACACCUGCAAGAUGAAGUAGAGCCGUUCAGGCGAGAGGUGUGUGCUCUGCGCGUGAGGCUCUGGACGUUCCUGCUCCAGUCCCACUUCGCUGUGCGCCACACCAGGGGAUGGGAGAGCCUACCGACACGCCACCGCGAGCGCAUCCAAGCAGCGGCACUAGAUAAGGGAGACUGCAAGCGACUGGGCAAGAAGCCUGUUCUCUCCAGCUCCCAGCAGAAGAGAGUGAAAUGUUCGUCGGGUCCUGCGUCUCCUUCUGAGAGCCCGACUCCACACCGGUCCCCGAGGGUUUCUCGCCCCGCCCAGCGGCCGACCUCCACCCCCCACUCCUCCUCCUCCUCUCCCGCCACCCCCCACCGCACCGCCAUGAAGUCCGACGGCCUGGGCACCCCGGCCCACACCUCCCCAGCGGCCAGGGGCGCUGCCACGGCUGCCAAGUCCAGCAACGGAGAACCUCUGCGGGGCAAGAGCGACAAGACCCGACCCCCUCUGGACCGGAGCUCCACGGCCAAAGCCAAGGCGGCGUCUACUGGAGCCACAGCUGCUGGUGGCACCAAACCUGUUGUAAACGGCACAGCCACGGCACGAAGAACUGACGCCAGCGCCCAUGCUAAUGGGCCUAAGGGGUCUCCCACAGGGAAGGCAGGGGCUGCGAAGGAUGGGCAGGAGAAGAAGGCAGGUGUGGGAACAGCGGGCGCGAGAGCCAAACCCACACAGGCGUCGACGGGCAGUGGAGCGACGGGACAGACCCGGGCAGUGAAGACGGCGAGAGUGGGAGGAGUCAGCAAGGAUGCAGAUGGACAGGCCACACCCCCAACAUCAGGCAGCGCAUCCCCCGAUAACAGCUCUGGCAGCCUACGUCACAGCAGCACACAGCCAGCUACCGGCUCCAGGCCAAAGCCCCAGGCCAAGGUGACGCCCAGAGCUGCCCCUGCCAAGAGCAGCCCCCGAGCGGAGCAGGAGAAGACCAGCAGUCCCAGUAGCAGCUCUGGUGUGAAGGAGGCCAGUAAAGUCCGUACUGGAGCAGUCAGCAGGCCCAGCACUGCCUCCACCCCUGCGGGCAGGACAGACAGCAAGCCCCGGGCCUCACCAGCCACCUCCAGCCCCUCAGACAACCAUGGUUCGAGACCGAGCUCAGCCUCCAGCACCAAGAAGACAGCAUCUCCCAAGAAGGAUGAGGAGAAGAAGCGCGUGUCCAAGCCGGCCGCCUCUUCCUCAUCCUCAUCCUCAGCCCCGUCUUCCACCACGCCUGCUGCUAGAGCUGCCAAGCCUCCCUCUGCGUCCUCCAAGCCUUCCCCCCUCUCCACCGGCAGCAGGGCCACACCCAAGCCCAAGGCGGCCCCCCACGAGGCAGCCAAAACAGCUGGCCAGACCAAAACAAGCGCUGCUGCCACCACCAAGAAGACGACAGCCACAGCCAAGGAGCCAGCUGGGGCGAAGACCUCCGAGACCAAACCAGCGCACGCUCAGCCCAGCGAGAAGGCACCACACACACAGCCUCCGCACACUAGCACAUCAACAUCAUCAUCAUCAGCAGCAGCAGCAGCAGCAGGGUCCCUCAGCACAAAAGCAGCCAGAUCAGGGCUCCAGAAAGUGGCCAACCAAGAAACGCUCAGUUCAGCCAUGUCGUCCAGCACUCCUACCCAGCCAGCCGCACCAGCUGACCAGCUGAGCCGACCAGCGUCUCAAGAAGCUGCCAGUGCCUGCUCCACCACCACAUCACGAGUGUGCCCCGACGAGAAAACGGCAGCAGGAACAGCUCCACAGCAUCGUGCAUCCACACAGCACACACACAGCACCCCACUGUCACCCCGAGAUUCAGGGGACGCCUCGCAACAACCAGCAGCUCCCUCUGCAUCCGCCUCAGCCUCUGCCUCCGUGGGCACCCCCAGCAGCCUGGCCAGCCUGGGUAGCACGCCCCAGGAGGAGUCCUGGAGCGGGGGAGGAGGUGGCAGCGGAGGAAAGGGCGUCCUCCGCAACAGGCCUCAGCUGCAAGCUAGCCCCGAGUCGGAGUCGGCCAGCGCUGCCAGCACCUCAUCCGACGACAUGAAGCCUCGCUCGGAGGACUACGACGCGGGAGGGUCGCAGGACGACGACUGCUCGCAGGGCGCGGGGAGGGGAGAGGGGGGCGCGUGGCGCUGCGGGACGAUGAGGUGUCCAGACUUCCUGGGCAGGAGCAGUAGCGACACCAGCACACCUGAGGAGCUGAAGAGCUGCGAGGUGGGCGGGCCUAUGGGGAUGGGAGUGGGCAUGGGCAUGGGGGGGCCACUGCGUGUGGAGGUGCGGCUGAGGGGUCGCGAGCCCGACACCACCAGCGAGGAGGAGGCCGCCGCAUUGGCUGCCAGGAGACGAGGGGCGGGAGUUGGUGGAAGGCCUCGCUCCUGGUUGGCUGGAGGAGGAGACGACACUCCCACACAGCAGGAGGAGGUGGCAACACUCGACCAAGGGGAGGUGAAGAGCGUGCCUGAGCAUCAGCUGUUCUCCUCAGAGGAGGAGGAAGAGGAAGAGGAGUCUGAGGAGGAGACGUCAGAGGUGGAGGUGUUGAGGGGGAGAGACAGCAGUGCAGGAGGUGUGGGAGGAGGGGAUCCGGGGGCAGAGCCUCCACACUUCCAGGGUAUCGUGAACUUGGCCUUCGAGGACGCGUCAGAGCAGGACAACCAGUUCCCUGCCGGGCCUCCCCCCACCACCACCUCGUCCGGCACCGCAGGCUUCCGCCGCUCCAUACUGCUGUCCGUGGACGAGUGCGAGGAGCUGGGCUCCGAGGAGGGGGGAGCGGGGGACGUCUUCGAACCCGAGGCACCCACAAACACUAACGGCCGCACCCCAACUCACCCCCCUGCCGCCAGUGCCACUACACCCAGAGAGGAGGCGGAGGGGAGCGGUGGUGUUGCCAAGGGGGUGGUGUUCCUGACGGAGGUGCAGGAGCCGGUGAGGGGGGAGGGGCGAGGGGAGACGGCCCCCCUGCAGCAGGAGAGGCCGUGCCACCUGGAACUGAGGGCCACCAGUGCCCCCUGCAGCCGGCCUGGUGACACUACACGUGCCGAGCUCCGGCUGGACUUACACGAUCAGCAUCAGCAGCACACAGCAGCAGUAGCAGCCACCCCCUCCCCCGUCUCCCACUCCCCUGCAGGGGACUUUGAUGCUUGUGAGCGAUUGGAUCAGAGCAGCACUCAUAGCCGGCGCCCGUCCAAAGCCCUCUCCCCCAUCUACGAGAUGGAUGUGAGCGAGGCCUUUGAGCAGAGCAUGGACAACGCGGACGCGAACGUCGCCAUCAAAGACCGACACAGCGAGCAGCAGCAGCGACAGCCGGAAAAGGAGCUGAGGAACGCUGCAGAGGAGCACAGGAACCAGGAGGAGGGGGAGGAAGAGGAGGAGGAUAUGGCAGAGGAAGAGGAGGAGAAGGAGAACAGUGAGUUUGCGGAGCGAGACUGGCGGCUGCUUAAACAGCUGCUGACAGAGCAGGACGCCAGCUUGGGCAUCAUCAACUCGGUGCCCGAGGACCUGAACCUGGCCCAGUUCCUCAUCAAGCAAACGCUGUCCCUGUCGCAGCACGAACACGGCUUCCUGCCGCACGAGAAGGAGAGCUUCAAGCGCUGGGCCGAGCUCAUCUCGCCGCUCGACGAGUCCACCGCCAGUAUCACCGUCACCAGCUACUCUCCCGAAGACGCCGCGUCCCCGCAGGGCGAGUGGACCAUCCUGGAACUGGAGACGCACCACUGAUUACCCUUGACCCUUCACAUCUGACCUCUGAAGCCAGAGGUAUAGAAUCCUGCGUUCAGGAAGUAAAAACCCUGCCACUAAUCUGGUCCAACAAGCUGAAUUAGCUGCUUAUUCUGUAAUGAGUGCUCUAGAGAGGUUCUCAGUGAAGCCACCUGUAUUAAGAUGGAAAAAAUUGCAGGGUUUUUACCUUCUCAACUGGGAUCCGAUGAUACCAAACACCCCCCGCCCCCCCAA